CAAGCCGCCGACGCCGUGACCAAGGAAUUCUUCAUGGAUUGAAAAGAUACAGACGACAGCUACGAUCACGAUCUCGAGGUGAAUUUAUAACGACCAAACCAGCAAUUUUGACGACGCGAUGACCUCAGGCUAACGCCCUAUGUGCAACAAGACUCUUGACGAUUUUAGGACUGAACGAUUUGGAACCAUGCAUAUAAGAUAUGACCCCCUUUGCCUUUUGCCCUUACCUAUCUAAAGACCGAGACGACCCGAACAUAUGUGUACAAUGUUUUCCACGAAGAACUCAUCCACCCCCCUACCUCUCUUACCUUUCCCUCCGUUUUUCUGAACCACUUCGAUUGAUUUUUUUACCUGUGACAAAAGAAAAUGUUUUGCUUCGCUGCUGCUCCUUCCCUGUUCCGUGUCUACUCCGGACGAACGACUUUCGCUUUUUCGAACUUGCAGCAAAAAUUCCGAUUGAUUUGAUGCCUCGAUUUUCUGCAAACGAAACCCAUGUACGACCAACCCCUUGCCCCCUUCAAGACUUGUGGAAAUAUGCCCCUUUGCCAAUCUACGGAGUUUCUUUUCUACAGGUCGUCCCUUCGUUUUUGUUGAAUGCCUUUUUAUGUGUGGAUUUCUUUUUCGAAAUGAACUUUGAGAUUUAUGCUAUUUGUGUGGAUUUGAGAAACCUUUUUAAAGAUUCUGUGUCUUUUAUUCGAAUGUUGAUUUGAUUUGAUUUGAUCUCUCGAAACAAAACUUGUUUCUUCUACCCUUUUUCUUCCACUUGCGAUAUGCCUUACGGCUUUGGAUUCUCUCCAACCGCUUUUUUCCCCUUCGACUACUGUACUAUUCUGAUUCCGUUUUGCUCCACAAUACCUCUCUGUUCAUGUUGUUUUGUGUUUGCGGAAUGGGAUGGAAUGGGAUUUCUUUGCUCUUGAGGCAU